GAUGUUUAUAAAUCAUUUCAGUCGUUGAUAUAAUAAUUAAAGGUCGACUGAACAUGAAUUAUAUUAUACAAUUUAAAGCGCAUUUCUGUUUAUGCACGUGAACCCGUCUAACGUUAUUUUCGCAGUUAUAUAAAGUAGCAAAUUAUCGUUCCUGAAUAGGUGGCGCCGUGGUAGCGGAUCCUGUUCCUCUACUUCCGGUUUCUGCACUGUGCAACUAUUUCAGUUAUAUUUUUAAUUAACGAUGCCAAGUACUUGUUGUUGUGUACCUGGAUGUCAUUUAAGAGGAGGACAUGCAUUUCCAAAUGACUUAAAAAGAAGGAAAAGUUGGAUCAACGCCAUGGCCCAUACGCAGAUUGGACGAGAACACGAUGAUAUCGUGGAGUCCAUCUCAAUCAGCUGUUGUUUGCAAGGCACGUUUUACUGAAAAAGACUACGUGCAGGAAACUAUUCAUGGGCGCAAACCCACCAUACAGAGACUUAAGUCUACUGCAAUUCCCAGCCUAUUUUCCUGGACCAAGCAAGAGACUGAAUCGUCCACAAAAAGAAAAAUCAGGGCAGUUUCCUGUGAAAACAAAAGAACUAAACUUGAUGAAUAUUGUAGUAGAAAUCUAGAGGAAAGUUUUGAUUGUAAAGUUGGUUUUCCUGAAGAAGUCAUUCAUACUGCAGAAAGGAUUUAUGACUGUCCACCACCAACUGCCGAGCUAAUGUUGAGCUUCACAGAUGGAAUUACGCAAACACCAUCAAUGCCUAUGUUUUCAGCAGAGAAUUUUGAAAUGAAGACACGUGACACAGCCAUGCAUUUUUAUACCGGUUUAGAGUUGUAUACUAAAUUUUUAUUUGUUUUGACCACACUUGGUCCAGCAGCACAUUGUUUGAGAUACAUAUAUUUUCAAAUUGAUAGGGUGUCAGUUGAAAAUCAGUUUUUUUAUGACUUUGAUGAAAUUGAGGCAUCAUACAACCAACUUUGAACUGUCUAGAUUCUAGAUUGAAUCUAGUGUUAAGAAUAUUGUGUAUACAUGGAUUGUUUUUAUGUCUAAACAGUGGUGUGAGGCUAACACUUGGCCAUCUAGUGGUUUAGUCAGGUAUUUUUCACCAUCCAACUUCAAAUUAAAGUUUCCUACGACUUGGAUUAUUAUUGACAGCACAGAAUAUCCCGUGAUAAAACCUAAAGCUCCUAGAGCUCAGGCAACCUUUUCAUCAAAUAAAAACAGAAACACUGAAAAUUCUUGAAUGUUCGACACCUGGUGGUUUAGUCAACUAUGUCUCUAUGUCACAUAGAGCGAAUUAUUGGACUUGGCAAAACAUACAAAAUUCUAAUAAAUCCUAUGAAUGGAACUGAAACAAAACUUUCAUCUGAAAUAACAUUUAGUUGUUUUAUGUUGUGUAAUUUUAGAACUUGUAUUGUGCCAAAGGAUGCAUAAAUAAAAGUGACGCAAUGAA